CAGAAAACACCAGAGAGCAACAUCCCAGUCUGAUAGAGGAUCACUGCAGCCUGUCUAACUCAGUGUGUUUAAAGAACAACCUGAAAAUGUCACUGGGCUUUGGAGACGAGAAAAACGACCUAACUUGUGAAAGGUCUGUAUGUGUUAAAAAUCCUCAUUUGGAUUCUAUGAAGGAGGACAUUCUGUACCAUCUCAACCUGGGAACAGCCACUGAUGAUAUACCAGCCAAGUUUGGAGAUGUGAAAUUUGUGUGUGUUGGCGGUAGUCCAUGGAGGAUGAAGGCGUUUAUUGAGUAUAUUGCCAAGGAACUAGGCCUAGCAGAUUCCAGUGAAGCGUACCCAAACCUCUGCGAGGGCACAGACCGCUAUGCCAUGUACAAAAUAGGACCUGUUCUGUCCAUUAGUCAUGGCAUGGGCAUUCCUUCAAUCUCUAUAAUGUUACAUGAGCUCAUCAAACUGCUCUACCAUGCACGUUGCACUGACGUCACAGUAAUUCGCAUCGGGACCUCGGGUGGAAUAGGUCUGCAGCCAGGCACAGUGGUGGUCACCAAACAGUCGGUGGACGCCAUGUUUCUGCCCCGCUUAGAGCAGAUCAUCCUAGGGAGGUCAGUGGUGAGGAGCACAGAGCUGGAUGGUGAGCUAGCAGAGGAGCUCCUACAGUGCAGUAAGGAGCUCGGAGAGUUCGAGACGGUUAUUGGUAACACCAUGUGCACUCUGGACUUCUAUGAAGGUCAGGCACGUCUGGACGGUGCAUUCUGUUCGUACACAGAAGAGGAGAAACAGAACUACCUGGCUGAGGCGUACGCAGCAGGAGUCCGCAACAUUGAGAUGGAGUCUUCUGUUUUUGCUGCCAUGUGCACACUCAGUAAUCUUAGAGCGGCUGUGGUGUGCGUGACAUUGCUGGACCGGCAGAAAGGAGAUCAGCUAACCAGCUCUCAUGAUGUUCUGCACAAUUACCAACAACAGCCUCAGAUCCUGGUUGGCCAUUACAUCAAAAAGAGGCUCAGUGCUGUGAAGAAAAGUUAGCUUCCACAGUCAAUGCGUGUUAUUUACACACUUAAGUCUUUAUUUUUUACCUGAUUUAUUAUAAAUAUUACUGUUAACCUCUGCUAACCACUACAGCACUACACAUGCUAGCACGUAAAUACACCGAUGAGGCAUAACAUUAUGACCACCUUCCUAAUAUUGUGUUGGCCCCUCUUUUGCUGCCAAAACAGCCCUGACCCGUCGAGGCUUUGACUUCACUAGACCCCUGAAGGUGUGCUGUGGAAAAAACGAGGAAAUGUUCACUUGCUGCCUAAUAUAUCCCACCCACUAACAGGUGCCGUUAUUAAGAGAUAAUCAGUGUUAUUCACUUCACCUGUCAGUGGUCAUAAUGUUAUGCCUAGUCAGUGUUUGUUACAAUUUUUAAGACACAUUUUUUAGCUUUUCACUUAUUUAUACAGUAAAAUAUGAUACAGCAAUAAAGUAUAACAAAAAUGUAUUGUGUAAGAAAGCAAGCCAGCAGAAGUUUUAUUAAAAAUUUUUACUUUAA